UGUUUACUUCCGGUGGUUGGUUUCGGUCUGGUUUCCGCCCCAUAGAGGGCAGCAGCGACACUCCAUCUGGUAUCACAACUGACCCGCGCAACUCGCAUGAGACCAGUAAACUAAUAAAGGAAACACACAUCUGACACAAUGAGUUUCGACGUGAAGAAACUGAAAGUCAACGAACUGAAAAAGGAGCUCCAGCGCCGCGGCCUGGACAGCAAAGGCCUGAAGGCUGAUCUGGUGGAGAGGCUAAAAGCCGCUCUUCAGGCCUCCGAGCCGGGGGAGCAGGAAGAGAACUUCGGCCAGGCGUACCAGGACAACGAAGAUGGAGAGGAUGUCCCAGAGCAACAAGAUGAAGAGGGAGCUGAGGACUCUGGUGAUGUCGACGAUGGCGGGGAUGAUGAUGGGGAUGAUGAUGAUGUUGAAGGUGAAGUCGACAGUGAAGGGGCCGCCGAUGUUGUAGCAGACGCCAAAGGGGCCGCCGAUGUUGUAGCAGACGCCAAAGGGGCCGCCGAUGUUGUAGCAGACGCCAAAGAGGAUGACGAUGUUGUAGCAGACGCCAAAGGGGCCGCUGAUGUUGUAGCAGACGCCAAAGAGGAUGGCGAUGUUGUAGCAGACGCCGAAGAGGAUGGCGAUGUUGUAGCAGACGCCGAAGAGGAUGGCGAUGUUGUAACAGACGCCGAAGAGGAUGGCGAUGUUGUAGCAGACGCCAAAGGGGAUGGCGAGGUUGUCGCAGACGCCGAAGGAGACAGUGAUGGGGAUGUUGAAGGUGAAGCUGGGGCCCCCCAAGAAGAAGAUGAGGGUCGGGAUUCAGGUGGUUACUACGAAGAUGAAGAGGCAGAAGGCGAGCCUUUUGAAAGCCAGCCGACUUCAGACUCCUGUCACAGCAUGCCUGACUUCACAGCAGAUGUCGAGUUACACAAAUCCGACGCGGUGCCUGAGGAAGAAGCCGAGCCAGAGGAGAAAGUGGAGAACAAACCAGAAGUCAAAGUGGAAGUGAAGAUGGAAGAUGAACCAGAGGCUGCUGGGAACACAGAGCAGGAAAGUCAGAGGACAGAACAUCAGGACGGAGCCGUUCAGGGAGAGCAAAUCAAAGUGGAAUCUGAUAAAGCCGGAAACAACAGCCGCAAGAGACCGCACGAGGAGAGCCGGGGCUACAACUACUACGAGCAUCGCGAGGAAAAGAGAUCUCGCACACCCCAGCCCCCUGCUGAAGACGAAGAGGAGAAUAUAGACGACACUCUGGUUACAAUUGAUACGUACAACUGUGACCUGCAUUUCAAAGUGUCCAGAGACCGCUACAGUGGUUACCCUCUGACCAUCGAAGGCUUUGCUUACCUGUGGGCCGGAGCCCGAGCCUCACACGGCAUCACCAAGGGCCGCGUGUGUUAUGAGAUGAAGAUCAAUGAGGAGAUUCCUGUAAAGCACCUGCCCAGCAGCGAGCCGGACCCCCACGUGGUCAGAAUCGGAUGGUCCCUCAACCACUGCAGCACUCAGCUCGGUGAGGAGCCCUUUUCAUUCGGAUACGGAGGAACAGGGAAGAAGUCUGCAGACUGUAAGUUUGAAGACUUUGGCGAGAAGUUUGGGGAAAACGACGUCAUCGGCUGUUACAUUGACUUUGACAGUGCUGAUGAGGUGGAGAUGAGCUAUUCCAAGAACGGAGUCUCCCUAGGAGUGGCUUUCCGGACUACAAAGGAGGCGCUGGAAGGUCGCGCCCUGUUUCCUCACGUCCUCGUGAAGAACUGUGCUGUGGAGUUCAACUUCGGACAGAAGGCCGAGCCGUACUUCCCCCCGCCGAGCGGAUACACCUACAUCCACGAGCUCAGCCUGGAGGAUAAGAUCAGGGGCACCAAGGGGCCCGCCAGCAAGUCUGAGUGCGAGAUCUUGAUGAUGGUCGGCCUGCCCGCCUGCGGAAAGACCACCUGGGCCACAAAGUUUGCACAGACUAACCCUGAGAAGAAGUACAACAUCCUGGGCACAAAUGCCAUCAUGGACAAGAUGAAGGUGAUGGGUCUGCGCCGGCAGAAGAACUACUCGGGCCGCUGGGACGUUCUGAUCCAGCAGGCCACGCAGUGCCUGAACAGGCUGAUCGAGAUCGCCGCCCGCAAGAGACGCAACUACAUCCUGGAUCAGACAAAUGUAUAUGGAUCAGCAAGGAGACGAAAAAUGCGUCCUUUUGAAGGUUUUCAACGCAAGGCUAUUGUAAUUUGUCCCACGGACGAGGAUUUAAAAGAACGAACAUUAAAGCAAACCAAUGAGCAGGGGAAGGAUGUGCCCGAUCAUGCUGUUUUAGAAAUGAAAGCCAACUUCACUGUCCCCGAGGCUUGCGACUUCCUGGAGGAUGUGACGUUCGCUGAGUUGCAGCGUGAGGAGGCAGAAACUCUGCUGAAGCAGUACAACGAGGAGGGCCGCAAGGCCGGCCCGCCCCCUGACAAACGCUUCGACAACAGGCCGGGCGGGUUCCGGGGCCGCGGCGCUGCCGGGGGCGGGAGCUUCCAGCGGUACGACAACCGCGAAGCGUCCCGCGGUGGCUACCAGAACCGCAGCGGGGACGGAGGCAGCGGAUACAGAGGUGAGCCGAGCGGCAACACUCGUGGCAGCUAUAACCAGAACCGUUGGGGAAACCGCGACUCCGGCUCUGAUGCACGUAGCAGCUACAACCGCAGCCAGCCUGCAACAGGAAGCUACAACCGCCCCGCUCCGUACAACAAGGGAGCAUACAGCCAGGGCUACAGCCAGAGCUACAAUCAAGGGUACAAUCAGGGCAGCUACAACCAGAGUUACUAUGGCAACUACAGUCAGUACCCAGGAUACAGCCAGAGCUACAGCCAGACACCCACCACUGCACAGACAUACAAUCACCACCAGCAGCCACCACAGGCGGCGCCGGCACAGCAGCAGCAGCAGCAGCCGCCGCCAGCGCAGCAGCCCCAGCAGCAGCAACAGACGCAGAGCUACAACCAGCAGUACCAGCAGUAUGCUCAGCAGUGGCAGCAGUAUUACCAGAACCAGAACCAGUGGAACCAGUAUUACAGCCAGUACGGAGGCUACCCUGGACAGGGCAGCCAGGGCUCCUCCGGCUCCCAGUAGCUCCACCCUGCAUCUGUCCUGCAUCCACCCGCGUCCUAAACACUCUGACCUCUGCAGCUAAAUGGAUUUUGUACAGUCCCGCAAAUCGAGUCCCCAAACAUCUGUCUUCAUUCCACCAAUCAGUGUACACCUAAAACUGUAUGCAGUUUGAUGUCUUUUUUUACUGAAUGAAGUCUUACUCUACGCAGUGACCGUGAGUUGGUAGAUGAUAGGUAUCCAAACAUUUAAUGAAUGUUAUCUAUUAUGCAUUUAAUGUGGACGUCCACAUUUUCCAACAGAUCAGAGAGGUAAUUGUAUAUUUCUAGGAUGCAUCGUGUGGCAGGAAAAAUACAGCAAGGCCUAAAUAAUUUCGCUUGUUUUGAGAAAGCUUAACAAAGAACAAAAAUGCAUGCUUUUUACCUUCACCACCCCUUCCCUCCGUCUCGCUCUAUCUUUUUUCAGUUUCCGAGCUGGCACAUUUGUAUUUAUCCCGAUAAAAUCCAAAUAUUUUUUAUAGGUGUGAUACUGUAGUAUUUAAUCCAGUCUUUGAUUGGGAAGAAUAUUUUGCCACUCUUGAGUAGUUGUUUGUGCAGUUUUCUUUUUUUUACCCCUUUGUGAUUGCUGUCCAGUAGUUUAAAUCCAGUUGUGAUUUUUUUUCUACCUGAAAAUCUGAUAAUGACCAGUUACCCGAGCUGUCUUCUUGUCUUUAUACAAUAAAAUGCCAUUGUAUACGC